CAGCGACGGCCGUCUCAGGAAGAGGAAAAUGGAAUAAACAACUCGGAGGAACCAGAGCGCGAGACAGCGAGUGGAGGCAGAAUUUAAAAAUAAACCGGCCCCUCUGCCCUCCCCGCCCGUCCGCCGCCGCCGCUGCCCCUCCCCUGGCCCGCGCCCUCGGCGUCCCCGUCUGGGCCCGCGCGCCCACCCCGUCGUCCCGCGCGGCCCCUUUAAGAAAAGAGAACGAGAGAGUGAGUGAGAGAGAAUCCCAACUCUCCCCCUCCCCUCCCUCCUUCCUACCCCCUCCUCCCUCCCCUCUCCCCUCCCCCCGCUCCCCGGGCGGCUCCGGCUCCCGCAGCGGGACAGACCCACCCGCCCAGGCUUUUCUCCGGCACCGGCGGCGUCCUCCUCCCCUCCCCGGUCUAUGGUGGCGGCGGCGGCGGCGACUCCUCGGGCGGCAGCGGAAGACGAGGCUGCGGCGUUGCCAUGAACAGUGGCGGCGGCCUCCCGCCCCCCUCGGCCGCCGCCUCCUCUUCCUCCCCCUCGCUGGCGGCGGCAGUGGCCCCGCCGGGGGUCGGGGGUGUCCCCGGCGGGGCGGCGGCGGGAGUGAAGCUGAAGUACUGCCGCUACUACGCCAAGGAUAAGACUUGCUUCUACGGGGAGGAGUGUCAGUUCCUGCAUGAGGACCCGGCCGCCGGGGCUGCCCCGGGCCUCGGCCUCCAUAGCAACAGCGUCCCCCUGGCUCUGGCGGGCGCGCCCGUGGCCGGCUUUCCGCCCGGAGCGGUCCCGGGAGGGGGAGCCGGGCCGCCGCCGGGGCCCAAGAAGCCUGACCUGGGGGGCCCGGGGGCCGGAGCCGCGGCCGGCGGAGGAGGUGGCAGCGGCGUCCUCGAUGGACCGCGGUUGGCAAUUCCUGGAAUAGAUGGAGGUGCUUUGACUGAUACGAGUCUCACAGAUUCCUAUUUCAGCACCAGCUUCAUUGGCGUUAAUGGCUUUGGAAGUCCUGUAGAAACGAAGUAUCCCUUGAUGCAGAGAAUGACUAAUAGUAGCAGUUCCCCAAGCCUUCUAAAUGACAGUGCCAAGCCAUAUGGAGGCCACGAUCCUCUAACUUCACCUGCUUCAUCCUUGUUUAAUGACUUUGGUGCCCUCAACAUCUCUCAGAGAAGAAAGCUCUUUGUUAGGGCGAGGGAGGUGGGGUCACGAGAGGCUGCUUAUCUACCGCGGAGGCGUACUUGUGAGGAGACACAGCUGGUGGAGGCCUGCUUCUGGGUUAUUCUGCUUGAGCCAAGGAAGUAUCGCCUGGGGAUGCUGGAGGAGAGGCUAGUUCCGAUGGGAUCAAAGGCACGAAAAGCAAAGAACCCUAUCGGCUGCCUUGCUGACAGGUGUAAAUCAGGAGUACCCAUCAAUAUGGUUUGGUGGAACAGAGUCACAGAAAACAAUUUACAGACACCAAAUCCUACUGCAAGCGAGUUUAUUCCUAAAGGAGGAUCAACCUCCAGGCUGAGUAACGUGUCCCAGUCAAAUAUGUCUGCCUUCUCUCAAGUGUUCUCUCACCCAUCCCUGGGAAGUCCUGCUGCUGCUGGAUUAGCACCAGGAAUGUCACUGUCUGCUGGGUCUUCUCCUCUUCAUUCCCCCAAGAUCACUCCACAUACUUCUCCUGCUCCCAGAAGAAGAAGUCACACUCCAAAUCCAGCAAAUUACAUGGUGCCUUCUAGUGCCUCUACGUCCGUCAGUAAUCCCGUUUCUCAGACUCCGUCUUCUGGGCAGGUGAUCCAAAAGGAAACCGUCGGGGGGACGACUUACUUUUAUACAGACACAACCCCAGCACCUUUGACUGGAAUGAGAUCUUUCAAAAAUUAUCACAGAACAGCUUGCCGAACAGAAGGUCAAAUAAUUGAGGUGUUUCCAAACUAUCAUAUUUACCCUCCAACUGCACCUCAUGUUGCUUACAUGCAACCAAAAGCGAACGCACCUUCCUUCUUCAUGGCUGACGAACUCCGCCAGGAGCUGAUUAACAGACAUUUAAUAACAAUGGCUCAAAUUGAUCAAGCAGAUAUGCCAGCAGUCCCUACAGAAGUUGACAGCUACCAUAGCCUCUUCCCUCUAGAACCACUGCCACCACCCAACCGGAUACAGAAAUCAAGUAAUUUUGGAUACAUUACGUCUUGCUACAAAGCUGUAAACAGCAAAGAUGAUCUGCCAUAUUGCCUUCGAAGGAUUCAUGGUUUUCGUCUUGUUAACACAAAGUGCAUGGUAUUGGUCGAUAUGUGGAAAAAAAUUCAGCAUUCAAAUAUUGUAACCUUGCGUGAAGUAUUCACCACUAAAGCGUUUGCAGAGCCUUCCCUUGUGUUUGCGUAUGAUUUCCACGCCGGAGGAGAAACAAUGAUGAGCAGACACUUCAAUGACCCUAAUGCCGAUGCCUAUUUCACAAAGAGAAAGUGGGGUCAACAUGAUGGGCCUCUGCCCAGACAGCAUGCUGGGUUGCUGCCAGAAUCUCUCAUUUGGGCGUAUAUCGUCCAGCUGAGUUCUGCGCUGCGUACCAUUCAUACAGCAGGUUUGGCAUGUCGAGUUAUGGACCCAACAAAGAUUCUGAUAACUGGCAAAACGAGGUUGCGAGUAAAUUGUGUUGGAGUUUUUGAUGUUUUAACGUUUGAUAACAGUCAGAAUAAUAAUCCAUUGGCGUUAAUGGCUCAAUACCAGCAAGCAGAUCUGAUAUCAUUAGGAAAAGUUGUGUUGGCUUUGGCUUGCAACUCUUUGGCAGGAAUUCAGCGAGAGAAUUUACAGAAAGCCAUGGAACUGGUGACAAUCAACUACUCCUCUGACCUGAAGAAUCUCAUUUUAUACUUGUUAACUGACCAGAACAGGAUGCGGAGUGUCAAUGACAUCAUGCCCAUGAUUGGUGCUCGAUUUUAUACUCAAUUGGAUGCUGCUCAAAUGAGAAAUGAUGUCAUAGAGGAAGACCUUGCAAAGGAGGUUCAAAAUGGAAGACUGUUUAGGCUUCUAGCAAAAUUGGGAACAAUCAAUGAGAGGCCGGAGUUUCAGAAGGAUCCUACCUGGUCAGAGACUGGAGACCGUUAUCUGUUGAAACUCUUUAGGGAUCAUCUUUUUCAUCAGGUGACAGAAGCGGGUGCUCCCUGGAUUGACCUCAGUCAUAUCAUUUCUUGUCUUAACAAGUUAGAUGCUGGUGUGCCAGAAAAAAUAAGCCUCAUUUCCAGAGAUGAGAAGAGUGUGCUUGUGGUGACUUACAGUGACUUAAAGCGAUGCUUUGAAAAUACUUUUCAAGAGCUGAUUGCAGCUGCGAAUGGUCAGUUGUAGUAUUUGCUGAAAAAAACAGGCGGGAUCUGGCCGAGGAGCUGAACCAAUAGCAAAUUGCACUACAGCUGAACUGUUCUGUCAUCUCAUUUCGCGUUUGGGAAACAAACAGCAGAUGAGCGGAGCUGCUUGCACGUCAGUCAGGUGCACUGUUACUUGAAAGGAAGAAUGUCUCACUUUUCCUCGAGCUGUGGCUGCCGGUGGGGCCACACCUGUGAAGAAUUUAUUUUAGAUUAAGGAGCACCAUUAGGUGAAUGAUGUUCCAGCUUUUCUUUUUCCACUUGUAUAUGCACUAAUUAUAAUUUUUUAAAGACUUUUUUCUGAUCUUUGAACUUUUGCCACAUUGUAUACUUAUUAAGGGAAAUUAUUUGCAAGGACAUUUUGGGGAAACAAUGCUGGGGAGCAUUUUUUGUCACUGAGGGUUGUGGAAUUUGCUCCUUUGGGGAUGGGUUGCCCUGAAUAACAUAAUGGACCAGGUAAUGAUUUCAUGGAAGUACAGUAUAGUGCAUAAUUCUUGUAAGAGUAUUGUAUGCAAGCUCUGUAUGCCACCCACUGUUAGUUCAAAUUGAGAUUAUUUGUGUUUUUUGUUUUGUUUCUAAGAACACACAAAGAGAAAUAUCAGUGAGUUGUUGGAUAUAAAUUCCCCUGUUAGUUGAUUGAAAUCCUUUGCAAAUGAGGAUUGGAUAAACAGUAACUGAAGGAGCACACAGAGCUCUUUGCUCCAAAUUUAGCCGGAGCCUUUUUUUAAAAAAGGUGUUUCCCUGCUAAUCAGAUACAUUUACAUUUAUGCCAUUUUUUUAAAUAGAAAAAAAAAAUUAAGAAAUUGUGUUAAAGGCCUGAAGUUCAGGAGUAUAUUGCUUUAGGUUACUUCCAGUUUGCUUUUUUGUGUUAAGUUCUGUUCUUUGAACCACAGCUUUAUUAUGGUACUUGACACUGGAUACAGACACAGACACUGUUCAGAGGUGAACUGAACACGGCAGUGGUCUGGCAUCAAGAGCUUUCUGCAGUUUUACAGCCUGAAUCUGGAGGAAUAACAAUCUGCUGUGCCUUUGCAGUCACUGCUUCGCCCAAAGUAAUAGUACUUUUGAUAAUAACUUAACUAUGUGAGGUAUUCCUGAGUAAGUCAAUCUCAAAAGUUUGGAAUUUUCCUCCUCUUAACUUUCGUAAUAUUUGGACGUGCAGUUGUCGCCAAACUGGGUAUUCAUGGGAUUUCUAGUUAAUGAAAUACCUGUACUUUGAUACUGAAGACUGCCAAAUACAUAGGAAUUUUCUUUCAUAAAAAACAGUAAUGAAGACUGCGUCUCCUUUCCCAGCACUGAAUGUUUUACCUGCACUGGGUGCUCACCCUGCAACCAUGAAGAAAAUGUGGAAACUCAAAAAAGGUCAGGAAAGACUUCCAAGCACUUGCAACUGAUGUUACAGUCUUCAAUUUUAAUAAUUACACAUAUUUGUAGUUUUCAGAGAAGUUUUUAAUAUUUCUCUGUACACUUUUUAUAAGCUUUAAAAUGAUUUUCUCUGCCUUGAGAUUUGCAUCAAGAAAAAGCACCUCUGUUCACCUGAAAGCUUUGAAGACUAGAGACAUGCUUUCCAUGUUUUACCAAGUGUGUUUGAGUCCACGUUCGGUAGCAUCAGUUGUUGAGUUAAAAAGAAAAUCAAUUAUUGCAUUUGAUCAGGAUGGAUUUUGAAAGAACAUAAUGCUCAAUAUUCAAAGGAUAAUUAACAUUUGCCACCAUAAUGUUCUUUUUUAUGUAAAAGGAACAAGAACUUAGAGACAUUAACAUGCAAAAGUCUUUUAUCAUUAUUAGCUCAUGUAUUUGAGAAAGAGCAGCUGUCUUUUUAUAUGUUUUUUGACAAAUCAUAUUGUAAUUCUUUUGUACAAAAAAGAACUACUUGUAUUCUAGAAGAAAUAUGAAAUGCUUAAUUUAUAAGCGGGCUGGAGAUUUUUUCCAAUAUUAUUUUCUUUGAAAAUGAAAGGGGAUCAUCUAUUUUAGUUUUGGGGUCUGGGAACUUUUUGAAAAUUUCAUUUGUGGACCAAUGUUUUAUGAAAGCUAAGGAAGGGCAGGGGUAAAAUAGGGCUUGAUUUUCUCACUCUGUGUAGACCAGCAAACCUCCCUCUGCAAGGCAGGCUCAAAUUACAAACCCAAGAGUGUUUGCAUCAUAAAUGCUAGCUUGCUUCAGCCCCUGGUAAGCUCAGGACUUGGUUUGAAUAUAAAAGGCAGACAGCUGAUGUGUCUUCGUGAGUAAAUAUUGUCAGCCAGAAAAGAGUUGGUGUCAGGUGAUACCUUUUUUUUAAGCCUUGUUUUAUAUUUAUUUUUCACCUAGUUUUUAUUGGGAAUGGUUUUCAAUAGAACUCUUAGUUCUGCUUAGGUGUUUUUUUGGGGGAGCCCUCUUAUCCAUAGUGUAAUUCCACUUAAGGUUGUCUAAAAAUUAGUCUUUUUAAUUCAUAGGAAGAUUUUAAUAUCUGAGAGCACUCAAAUUAAGGAUGUAAACUUCCCACACCUUCCUGUUACGACAGAUAAAAGCACAGAAGGGACAACCCUUGAGAUCAUGUAAUGUUGGUCAUUUCCAUUUUUUGUACCUAUUUUAAACUCUGUUCGUGUAUUUACUUCACUGUAAAUAUUUUCGAGGGUACCUUUGUAUUUUGCUUUUGACCUUGGUUCUGUGGUUUGGGUGUCAGCAACUUCCCUAAAAAGCACCAGUAUGUUAAGUUCUAAUGUCAUGAUCCCAGUAUGGGUUAUUCAUCUUUAAUCCGGUUUUCAGUCUCUAUGUGUACAGCAGUAUUUUUAAUAAAGAAUUACAGAGAGAA